AGGCCCAAGUUACGCGUUCCCUCCUGCACCUGUGUCGCUGCUCUGGUGACAGGAAGCCUGCCCCCCGCUCCGGACCUGCCUGCGGCAGCACCAGGCACACAGUGAAAGCCAGCAAGUACCGGCUGGAGGAGCGCUUGCCGAAACAGGGAGGUGAAGGGUGGCGACUAGCUCUCCUGGGACGGGGCACGCGUUCUCUUUCUGCGAAGAGCCCUCCUCCGGCUCCCGGGAUGCCUCCAGGAGGAGGGACAACGAGGCCCAGGCCCGUCCUACAGACGGGAACACAGGACAGGCCGACGUGGCCGCCCCGGCAUCUGGAGCCUCGGGCCCCGUAGUGUCCACACCCUGCCCGGGCACGGGUGCCCCGGGCAACAGCCCCAGGCCCGAGGGCACCUCCCUGGCACAGAGGACCAGACAGAAGCCGCACGUGUCCCCUGGCCCUGGUCUCCGCGAUGUCAGGGAAGGGGCCACUAUGCUCCCCCACCCCGCAGACCAGAGCCUGGGAAGCCUCUUUCCCUCACACCCACGGGGAGCUGGGCUCAUGGCACCCCUCCCCCGGCCUGUGCUGGCUCGUGGCACCCCUCCCCGGCCCGACCUGACCCGCAGUCCGCCUUCUCUCCGCCCCUCCCUGUCCCGACCUCAAGCUCCAGCAAUCCUGGGGCCCGGCUCACUCCACAGCGGCGCUCUCAGUCACCGGAGCCGAGUCACCCCCUGCCUGUGCCCCAGCGGACCCACCGGGACUCGGGCCCUGCCUGGCCGACCCCCGACGCUGGCCCUGCCCCCCCAGGUCUUCCGGCUCACAGUUCACGUUGUGGUGAGGACACUGAGGCCCAGAGGGGACCAAAGCCAAAGCUUCUGGGACCGAGAAGCUACCCGAGGUAACCCAGACCUGAGUUCUCCAACUGCUUGUGUCCCACGAGGUCAGGAGACAGUUCCCCAGGAGGACACCCAGCAACUGCUGCCCAGCUUGACCUCCUGCUUCCCGAAGGCCCCAUCUACAGCACAAGGCCCACCCGUCCCAGAGAGCCGAGGCGGGUCUCAAGCUCAGGUCCCCGGGUGUAGAGUCAGGCCAGGGUGCGGGACCAGGGCAUCUGCCCCUCUCUCUCCAGAGAAGGUCUUGCUGGGGCCCUACGGAGGUCUCGUGUUGCACUGGGAGACGACUACGCCGAUGGGGUGCAGGCCAGGCCCCAGCCCCCAGGAGGCCACCCCCAUCCUUGUGGAGAGCAGGGCUGCUCUGCAGGCAAAGCCCAGUCUGGAGCGCGGACCCAUGAAGCUACAGCGGAGAGCCUCAGGGACCACAGCAUCUGCACUGCCGACGGUCGGCCCCAGCCCUGUCCCAGCAACAUCCCCAAAGGGAGCUUGCCGCCGGGACCAGCUCUCUCCCCAAACUGAAUGGAACCCAGCCCCAGCUGCAUGCGGCUCACCAAGGCUGGACGAGAGAAGGGCCUAUUCCACCUCCACCUGUGGCCAUAAACACACACCAGACCUGGAGGAGCCAAUCUGUUACAGCUGGCCCCCUCCCUCCGGGCCUGGACCCAGCCUGGACCCCAGCCUCCUGGGGGUGGGGGUCACAUCUGGCCAGCCCGCCAAGGGGCUCAGGGUCCUAACGUCAGGAGGUCCGGCUGAGGCACCAGGGCAUGGGGCAGGGGCUCCCCAGCAUCUGGAGGGCUCUCGACAGCAGGCCUCACUCCAUGGCCCAGACCUCGGUCCUCCCAGCCCACGGAGCCCUCGAAGAAGCAGGACCGAGGAACCAGCUCAGCCAAGAACCUUCCGGCUAACAGAGGGCAUUGGGUAUGCAAGCACAGUCACCUGACCAGCAUCCCCAGCGGCCAGCCCCCAUCUCAGAAACCGGGGACCCAGCCGCUCCCCAGGACCCCUGCCACCACAUGAGGACACACAAGGACCAGCCAGCGGGGCAGGGUCCUCUGUGCAAACAGGGGCCUCCUGUUCCCCACAAUUAACUGAUGCCCGCCCCCUUCUGGUUGCCCGCUGGGCUCCAAGGCACUGGAGCGUGGCGCAGGACGUCCGCCCGGGCAUCCACCUGGACGGAGGCCCAGCUGCUCGCCCCGAGCAGGCUCAAAGCACCGGAAACCGUCUGGGGGUAUUUCAUUUCAGCGGGCGGCGUGGCCUGCGCCUAUUCCGACGGGAGCCUGAGAGCUCCGGGCUCGCUGAAGACACUGGACAAAGCAGGAAACCCCAGCGAAAUGCUCUCGCGGCCCCAUCACCAAGAACUCAGGAGGAGCGUCUGCAGGGCUCCUGACUUCCCAUCCGCUUGCGCGCUCCUCUUUACAAAAACGCAGUCAGCCCGGCGGCCCCUCGAAGCCAGACGCCCCGCCCGGCACCCAGUCAGUGUCCCCUGUGGGCACAGCCCCCAACAUGGCAUGACUCAGCCGAAGGCCCCACGUCGGGGCACCGAGCCCCCAGCCCGGAGCGGCACCCGCCAGCCGCCAGCUCAGUCCACCCCGGUUGGCGCCAGGAAACGUCCCCCCGGGAAGGGCCAACUGGCCUGGCUGAUAAUUUCCUUUCUCGUGCGCUUUCUCUUCCCUUUAAAACCUUUCUUUUCUGCGAGAUGGGAUCGGCCUGACUCGAGUCGGUUAAUAAAGCCAACAAGGCUUCGAAAACUCA